AUGGAUUUUGAAGGGAGAGUAGCUCUCAUAACAGGCUCGUCGUCGGGAAUCGGCGCACAGAUUGCCAUAAAGUGGUCAUCUCUGGGCGCACACGUAGUCAUCACCGGAAGGGAUCAAAAUAAGAUCGAUUCUGUGAUCAAAACGUGUGAAUCUCUGUCCAUACGGAGACCACUUGGAGUGGUGGCUGACAUCCUGGUUGAGAGUGAUGUCAAGAAUUUAGUGAACACUACUCUCAAAGAAUUUGGGAGAAUAGAUAUUCUGGUCAAUAACGCGGGUUAUACGCUCUCAAUUGAUUUCUCGUCCAAUGAUUAUAUUAAAAGUUUUGAUCAAAUGUUUGAUAUAAACCUCAGGAGUGUUCAGGUGUUGACCCGAUUAGUGGUGCCAUAUCUGGAGCAAAGUAAAGGCAAUAUCAUUAACAUGUCGGGUAGAAGUGGAGAACGAGCGGUGCCAAAAGCGAUGGCUCAUAGUAUGGCUAAGAAUGCGCUCAAUAUGUUUACCAAAUGUAUGGCACUCGAGUUGGCACCCAAAGGGAUACGAGUGAAUUGUGUGAGCCCGAGUGUUAUUCGUACGCCACUCGUGGAGACAUCGUUAGGCGAUAAGUGGAUAGAGUUUGAGAAGUUGUGCGCCACUAUUUACCCGAUGAGACGUAUUGGGGAACCGGUAGACGUGGCCGAUGCCGUCACAUUCCUGGCCUCAUCCCAGUCCGCCUCCUUCAUUACCGGUUGUAUAUUUCCGGUCGAUGGCGGCGCUCAGUGGACACACCGUCCCAUUUGA